AUGCCAUCUGGGCUUUCAACGCUAUCACUCCCCCAAAUCGUCUCGGCUUCGUUUGCCUUGCUGCCGCUCGUUCACGCCGGCGUCUUGAGCGACCUCCAUCAUAACUACUUUGCCCCGACGCCCGCCCCGGAGGACGGCCCUGCCUUUUCCGCUCACGCGCUUCGUAACAAAAAGUAUCUGCCCAUCCAGGUUGGCGGCAUUGUCGGAGCCUACGGCGUUGCGCUCAUAUUUGUCGCCAUUGCGCUCCUGUGUCUUUCCAACACCCGCCGCGAGCAUCUCCUCGGUGGCGACGAAGAAGACGAGGCCGACGCUUACGCCUCCGCCUUUGAGCAAAUUUGCACCCCAAGGUUCCCAACAGAGCCCAAUCCAUUCCCGCUGGCUGGGAGGUCUUCUGGAGGACAGGUUCCUAAUUUCUCGUACAAGUCACCAACCAGAAGCGAGUUCAGCGGUACACCAUACGUUCACCCACCCACCUCUCCUGGCCAGAAUUCUGGACCCGGUGUUGAUUUGCAAGUCGACCAGGCAGUUGUUGCAGCAGACCGCGAAAUGGCACAGAAUCAGCUUGAAGCAAUGUAUAAGCAUGUCAUGGAGCAUGAGGAGGCCAAGGAGAAGGGCAUUAUCUUGGAGUCACCGGUUGUUGGGCCGGCCAAUCAACGCGGCAGUGCCAUGUCCAAGAAGAGCAAGCCGACAAGCUUGAACUUGAGUAGCGGCGGCGAGGAAAAGACUCGAUCUCGAGCAUCGUCCUUCUUCUCCAGCUUGAGAUCUCCGCGGAAGAGCAAGCCCAGGGGCCUCAACAUCUCUUCGCCAAUCAUGACUCCGCAGACAGGCACAUUCCCUCGCCACGAAGACCAAGAAAUGAGUACCAUCCCGCCUCGACACUAUGCGCCUGCUGCUCCACCUCCCGUGCCGACAGAACAGGGAAGCCACAUUGGCCAGGCCCGGUCCAGCGGCAUAGUUGUGCCUCUCACACCACCUGAGCUGUCGCCGACCGGAGUUCAGAGCAUUGACGGACGCCUUGGCGCCCAGCUGGCCCAGAUCAGCACGUCCAAGGACAUGUCGCCGCCACCUGCAGAAGGCGACCCAGAAUCGGCCGUAUCUCAGCACUCGCAGGCACCCUUGUUGGGCCUUCCGACCUCGCCUAAGCCCGGCGUAACUUUCGGCACGCUGCCCUCGUCGCCCAGGCCGGGGGCCCGAUUCCAGCGAGGAAACGCGCCGUCGGCGGUCCGCACCGGCGGAACGCUGCCUCUUCGCGCGUACGAGCCGUCCUUGAGCUCGCCUUCGGCUGUUGGACAGACGACCAAGCAGACCGUGUUUGAACGACGUGGCCCUCUGUCACCGGGCGGCGGCCGCACACCGUUCACGGCCAACGCCGUCCCGUACUCGCCGUAUCAGCCGCACACACCUUGCGUACCCAUCACGCCGUCGCUGGUGACCAAGGAGGAUAGGAAGAGGAUGAAGAAGAUGGUACCCAAGACGCCGACGGUGGAAAUGGUGCGAAGCGCAGAUGAUAUGUGGUAA